CAGCAGCCUCCACCAGGCCACCACUCCCCUAGUCCGUUCUCGCCGGGAGUAGCAGUGCCUUGCCGGCGCCUCUGUCCCCAAAUCCAAAUGGCGGACGAGGCCGCCGGAGCGAACUGCCCUCGCCGCAGCACGCGCCUCCGCCCCCGGAUCCACUCGAAUGAGGAGGAAGCCGAAAUUGCAACACGCCGUCGCAGCCCGCGCCUCCAUCCCCAAACCCUCGCGAGCAAGGAGGUCUCCGGAGUGACCCGCCGUCGCCGCCGCGGCACGCGCCUCCCUCCCCAGAUGCACGCGAAUGGGGAGGGCGCCGGAGUGACCCGACGCAGCAGCCCGCGAUUCCAUCCCCAAAUCCACGCGAGUGGGGGUGGGGAGGCCGCCCGAGUGACCCGCCGCCGCCGCGGAACCUCGCCGGAGGCGGCUGACUCCCUCCCAGCCAGCGACGAUCUCCUCCGGGAGAUCCUCCUCCGCCUCCCGCCGCAGCCGUCCUCCCUCCCACGCGCCGCCGCCGCCUGCAAGCGCUGGCUGCGCGUCGCCGCCGACCCCCGGUUCCUCCGCGGCUUCUCUGCCCGCCACCGCAAGCCGCCCCUCCUCGGCGUCUUCGAGCCCCUCGACUGGGAGGUCGACUCGCGCGGCCUCCUUAAUCGUCGCUCCUUGAAGCGCCGUGACAAGUGGAUCGCGUUCAGGCCCAUCCUCGACCCUCCCGACCGGAUCCCUCCUCAGCGCUUCGAUCUGCGACAUCACGGCGUCGAAACCGGCGUCCGCUCCAGGGCCCAGCUGCUCGGGUGCCGCCAAGGUCGCCUUCUCAUCAUGGACCAUGUGCCCAUGGAGUUAGUUGUCUUCGCCCCCAUCACGGGCGAGCAGUGCCGUUUGGCCGUUCCCACGGAGUUCAAGAGGGACUUUCUCCAUGCGGCGGUUCUCUGUGCUGCCGACGAGCUUGGCCACGUGCACCGCAGCUGCCAUUGGGGCCCAUUCAAGGUGGUCUUGGUGUCCAUGUACAGAAAGGAUAAUCGUCCGGUCGCUUGUGUUUACUCCUCAGAGACUGGUGUAUGGGGCAAUAUCAUCUUCACAUAUGCUCGAUGUGAGCUUGCUGAUGCUAAUCCCGGAGUUCUUGUUGGUAAUGUCCUUUACUGGUCGUCUAAGUCUAUUGAUGCCGGCCAACGUUUGCGGGAUUUGGAUAGGCGCACAAACGACAUAAUUGAGUUUGAUUUGGAUACACAUAGCCUAGCUGUGAUCAAGGGGCCUCAUUGUCUUAGUAACUCACUCAGACAUCAGAUCUUCAAGGCAGAGGAUGGUUCUGUUGGUCUCAUCAUGUUGUUUUAUGGUAGAUUCACAAUGUGGCGGAGGAAGAUUGAUUGUCAUGGUGUUGCCACAUGGUUAAAGCACAAGAGCAUUCAAAUGCAUCCUAUUCUUGGGCUCUCUCAUCACCUUGUGAUAUCGCCGAGAUGGAUAGAUGUACUGGGGUAUGAUGAGGAUAAUGGUGUAAUAUUUUUACAUGUGGACGCCAGUGUCUACAUGGUUCAACUGAUGUCGAUGCAAUCCAAUAAACUUUAUCGAAGCUAUUGUCCCAAUAAUAGAUGUCACCCUUUCACAAGUUUCUAUGCACCAGCCAUUCCUGGUGUAUGCGAUGGAGCUGAAAUGUUGCACAAUACGUAGGAUGACUAUCUGGUUGCAUGUCAUAAUGUGCUCGAAUGGUUCAACAGGUGAAGUAAUUAAGGGCUGCUGCUGUUCUUCACAAGUUUGUCGUGUUGCAUCAAUCUGGUCGGCAGUGUAUAUAUAUGUUAUGUGGAAGAACUUACUGUGCUUGUGUCGUAGCCUUUUCCACUAAGUUUGUAAUGUAACAAGAUGCUUUUUAAUAUCUAUUCGAAGGAAGUUCAAGACAGAUUCUGUUGUACUCCGUAUCUUUUAUCCCAUGGUUGUGUUUGGCAAGUCUUCUCUGCUAUUUUCUGGAGAGAAAAAACUCUGACAGGUCUUCUGUGCUAUUUUCUGAAAAAUAAACUUAUCACGUCCGUUCGAACAAACAGUGCCAUGUCUAUUCAGUUGGGCUGACCAUCAGGAGCUAGGAGAACGGGAAACCAACGAACAGCCUGCAGAGGAAAGAACUGAAGCAUGAUGAAGGUAAUACUAUAGGUUUAUCCACUUCUAUUUUAAGGCAUUUGGUAUCAUAUGCCAGGAAAAGAAUCUUGUAUAACUCGUUUGUACACAUGGAUGCUUAUUAUUAUGGCGAACACAUUAGAGAAAUAGUUUGGUGAUGUUCAAAUCUAUAUAGUUGGGUUUCAGAUUUCAAAUGCUUUGGGUAGAGGCCAUCUUAAAUAUUUUAAGCUACAUACAAUUUCAAUUCUCUUUUCAAUGAUUUAUAGAAGAAAGGAAUUCAGAGACCUAUAUUGAAUUAUUGAGCCUCAUGAUUAUCCUUAACAAAUACCUUGGUUUUAGCCUCCCUGCUGAUCAGCCGUACAGAGCGCUAGUUGCUGGCAA